UUUUGGUUUGCCAAUUUAAAUGUCUGAUAACAUAUAGGUAGUGCGUGUCGCAACAUUGCUAUAGUCAAUUUGAAUCACAUUUGUACUAUAGCUCGACAAAUGGAUAACAUGAAGUCGGUUUAGUUAAGUCUGUGAACAUUUGAGUUAAAAUAAUUUCGCACCAAUUGUGUGAGUGAAUAAAAUAGUUUAUGUAAAAGAUUAUAGGUAUCUGUACGUUUAAGAAGUGUGUGUAUUGUUAAAUAAGACAAUUGUAUCGUGGCCUGUAAAUUAAUUAAUUAAACAUGGAUUCCUGGGGCAUUUUAAACGUAGAUACAGCCGCAGCAGCUAUAUCUAGAGAUGAUAUGUCCAGUUUUCGACGAAAAAAAACUAUGACGAUAGAGAAACUGCCGGAUAAGGUUUUAUUAAAUAUUUUCUCGUACUUGACGCACAGAGAAAUAUGUCGUAUGGCCACAGUAUGCAAAAGGUGGCGAAUGAUGGCAUACGACACCCGUUUAUGGACACAUGUCAGUUUACGACCGGAGAUUUCUGGUUUACAUGUGGGAUCUCUCGAGUCCCUGUUGGCAUUAAUAUCGAUACGGUUCGGUCCGUCGUUGCGAUACAUCGAGCUCCCAAUAGAGUUGAUCACACACACGGUGCUGCACGAGUUGGCGGCGAAAUGUCCCAACCUGACGCACAUGCUCCUCGAUUUCAGUACCGCUAUGCAACUUCACGAUUUCUCUGAAAUGCAGGCGUUCCCCACUAAGCUUCGAUACUUGUGUAUCUGCCUCUCGGAGGUCAUCUUCAUGGAGGGCUUCAUGAGGAAGAUUUACAACUUCAUCAACGGUCUUGAGAUUUUGCAUCUUAUAGGUACAUAUGAGAAAAUAGAAGAGGAAGAAGAGGAAAUAUACGAAGUGAUAAACGUACACAAACUGAAGUCGGCGACGCCCAACCUGCGCGUCAUCAACUUGUACGGGAUCAAUUUUGUGGACGAUUCACACAUCGACGCCUUUAGUUCUAAUUGUAUACAGUUGGAGUGCUUGGCGGUGAACUUCUGUAACAAAGUGACAGGCUCCACAAUGAAGACUCUGUUCCAGCGGUCGCGGAGGCUCACCUGUCUGCUGAUGAACGGGUGCAAUCUCCAAUCAGAGUAUGUGAUGCAAGUGGAAUGGGAGAAGUCCUCGAUCCAGGAGUUGGACGUGACGGCAACCGACCUGUCCACCGAGUGUCUCAUCGACAUGCUCACCAGGAUCCCCAACUUGAGGUUCCUGUGUGCCGGCCAGAUCAACGGCUUCAACGACUCGGUGCUGAAGGCUUGGAUGGAAUCUGGAACUGCCAGGAACCUGGUGGCGCUGGACGUGGACUCAUCAGACAACCUGUCGGACGAGGCUCUGCACCGGUUCCUGUCGCGGCACGGCAGCCAGCUGUGGGGGCUGGUCCUCAGCGGGAUGCCCCACAUCACUGACCAACUCUGGCAGAGUGUACUGCAACUGCUUACCAAUGCCAAGAUUCUCAUUAUGGGAACACAAGAGCGGCUCGGCGUCAACAUUCACGUUGAUCAGUUGAUGGACGGCAUAGCAACCCACUGCCUCAACCUGGAGCGAUUGGAGCUCCGCUGGGACCCCGAGAACCUUCGUUUCAGCGACAAGAGUCAGAAGGCAAUAGAUAUACUACGUGUCAAGUGUCUCAAACUCAAGUGCCUUGUUCUCAGUGAUGGCCGAUACUAUGAGAUCGUGAAGGCGAACUUCGAACGUGCGGACCGCACCACCGUCGUCCGCACCUCAACCAACUGCAGAGUCUCCAACUAUUACUUACUAUCAAAUUAUAAGGAUCUCAUAUUCAACUAAUAUCACACUAGCUUCUCCCGUGGUCACACCCUUUAUUAACUGCUGAAAAAAAGGAUGUAAGUUUGACUUGUCUAUGACGUCAUAGCUCCUAAAUUAAUAGACCCUUUUAUGUUUUUAAGUUUACAUCAUAGAUGGUUCUAAGAUACAAUUUAUUUAUUAUAAGACACAAUAUUAUUUUUAUUUAUUAAAAAUGAAUGUGUAUUUUUGCAAUCAUGAAAAUGAGAAAGAAAAAAUUAAUUCUUCAAAAACAAAUAAUACAGUGUUGUACAAGUUCAUUGGAAAAGAGCGGAGUUUCUUGUCAAUUAUCCUUAGCACGAAAUCACUCCGAAUUGACAUUUUUUUAUACUAUUAUGGUGGCAACAAGCAUACGGCCCAUCUUAUGGUAAAUGGUUACCGUCAUACAUAGAGUCUUCAAGAGACCUAUAUGAAUAAAGAUAUUUUUAUUUAAUUGAUUUAGAAUAUUUUUUGUCUCGGGAGUUAUUAAAUUUUUUUAUUAUAUAUUCUUUAUUUAAUGUAAAUAAUAUCUAUAUAAUUGCAAAAUCUGUGACGUCACACUAGGGAGAAAGGUGAAGAGGUCCCGCAAAAAUGACAAUGAUGUAUGCGAGGUAAUUUAUGGAGAGGCCCAGUAAGAUAUAUUGGUCUAUGACUAUAUUAAUCUAUCUUCACAUAAAUACUGCAUCACCUCAUUGGCUGCGGAGAUGAUUCUGCCGCCGACAAAAAUGGAAAUUUUAGGGUAAUUAAUUGAAGUUCAUUUUGUAUUUAUUUUUAUAUAAUAAAUUUAUUAAAGUCAAUAGGGUCCUGCCCAACUGCUUAACGCUAAGAUAAUACAUAUGGUGCUAUAUUGUUUACAAUAUGCAAUUUUUUGGACGUCAAAUGAAAUAGGACAUGAUUCCGACUCCUAAAAUUUUUGAUUCCAAACUGAAACGAAUUGUCUGUGCAAAUGUUAUUGAAACAAAAUAUUGAAAGCAACUUAUUUCUAUGUUAUACUAUUUUUAAGUAUAAAAAAAUACUUUUCGUGUAAAAAUGGGUGAAGUAUUAAAUCAUAAUUAAUUACGUGCAAAAACAAUACAAUUCUUUUUUUAUUUUAUUGUGAAAAAUAUUUUAAUAUUGUUGCUAAUAUACCGGAUGAAUUUAAUUACCGUUCGGAAAUAGUAAUACUAUCAAAAAUAAUAUAUCAUAUACAAAAUAGAUGCAUGGCAUAACGAGAUGAUGGCAAUUUUCUAUGAAAAUAUACUACAAACUUCCACACUCCCAAGUUUUUUAUGUACGUCGUGCUAUAUAUACUAACAAAGUUUUUUUAAAUAGUAAAUAUUACUGUACUGUUCUUUGGUUGUCUGGAAAAUAAGAUUUUUUUAAGUAAUGACAAGCUUAUACUGAAUAUAUAAAAUAUUAUUUGUCAUUUUUUAAAUUUCAAUAUCAGUCAAAUCGUUUAGUGUUUGU